GCUGUCGAAUAGUGCUUUUGAGUUUUGACACACUUACACGAAUUUAGAAUUUAUUCGCAGUUACAGUCCAAGGCUACUUUUUCUUUGGCAGCUUCACCUUCCUAUUUUGGAAACCCUCUUCACUGCUCUCCACCUUUUUCUCUUUUCUGUGUAUCACUUUGCCUUUCCUCUCAACUCUAUUAAUAUCAUAUCAGUGCUUAGCAAAGAAGAUCCAAACCAGAAGCAGUUGUAGUAGCUAGGUUAGUUGUCAAUUCUGAUCGAUCUCCAGAUGGGUCGUGGAAAAAUUGAGAUAAAGUUGAUUGAGAACCCCACCAACAGGCAAGUCACCUACUCCAAGCGAAGGAAUGGUAUCUUCAAGAAAGCUCAUGAACUCAGUGUUCUCUGUGAUGCUAAGGUUUCACUCAUCAUGUUCUCCAAAAACAACAAGAUGCAUGAAUACAUUAGCCCUGGCCUUACGACAAAAAAGAUCAUUGAUCAGUAUCAGAAGACUUUGGGGGAUAUCGAUCUGUGGCGCUCUCACUAUGAGAAAAUGCUUGAAAACUUGAAGAAGCUGAAAGAUAUUAACAACAAACUGAGGAGACAGAUCAGGCAUAGGAUUGGUGAGGGUUUGGAUUUGGACGACCUGAGCUUCCAGCAACUGCGAACUCUUGAAGAGGAUAUGGUUGCUUCCAUAGGCAAAAUACGCGAAAGAAAGUUCCACGUGAUCAAAACUCGGACUGAUACCUGUAAGAAAAAGGUUAAAAGCUUGGAGCAAAUGAAUGGGAAUCUCCUGCUUGAACUUGAAAAGUGUGUGAUCCAUCCACAAUUUAUUUUGCACGAUGAAGGAGACGAGGAAUCAGCAGUUGCACUGGCCAACGGCGCCUCCACCUUGUAUGCAUUCUGUCAGCACCAUACUCAUCUGAAUCUUCCCCACCAUGCAGAAGCACUUCCACAACAACAACAACCCUUCAAAACUCACGAUCUGCGCCUUGCUUGAGUUCACUAAACUGCAACUAUUAAUUAUCAAUGUAAAUUACUUAACUACCUAUCCCUUGCUAUUUAUGCUUUCUCUUACUAUUCCAUUUGGACCUGUUAAACCCAAACUUCUCUACCUUAGCUACCUAGUGGCUAAGCUUAUAUAUAGUGUUUGCCAAGACUGUGUUCUCAAAAACACAGACUGUAUUUUAUUUGUUACAAGUUUUCAUUGAGUGAGUGACGACUAUGUUAUAUUAA